UUUUAGUUCUAAUUUAAAGCAUCAACUAUAUUCUAAAAUUCUUUUUUGUGUAAUUGAAUUCAAUGAGUUUUGGGCUAAAUAGCUGUAUCUUUAAUUAAAAUCCUAGUAUUUUCUUUUAAAUUAGAAAAAAGUUGUUAAACAAAUAUCAAAGGUUAAUUAAUAUAAAAAUAAGUUUAAAAAUGAGCAUAGAAACAGAUAUAGGAUUUAUUAGAAGGAAGAAAUCAACUUCAAUUGAAUUUUUGAUUCCUUUCAUUGGUAUAGAUAUAGGUGGAACUUUAGCGAAACUAUGUUUUGCAUUGAAAAAGAAUUCAUAAGUUGAUUUCGAGCAUAUUGAACAUUUGAUGAUUAAUUCUUAUUAAGAAUUUGAUAUAUACUUUAAAACCUUUGAGUCAAGAAAUGUUGAGGAUAUGAUAGACUUUAUUGAAUCUCUUGAUAUGAAUUUCAUUACUAAGGAAUUUUACAUCACUGGAGGUGGAGCUCAUAAAUUCGAUGAACUUUUCUAAGAAAGACUGAAAGUAAAUGUUAUUAAAGUACAAGAAUUCGAAUCACUUAAGAUGGGCUUCUAAUUGUUGGAGUAGCUCUCUCCUAAUGACUCUAUAUUUAACUUUAGCAAGUAAAAAGGAAAAGAUUUUUUUAAAGGACAAGGAGGGUUAUUCCCAUUUGUACUUAUAAAUAUUGGAAGUGGAGUAAGUAUGAUUAAAUUUGAGGGAGAAGGAGUUUUUACAAGAGUAAAUGGAACUAGUAUAGGAGGAGGAUUCUUUUUGGGAAUUACCCAUUUACUUACAGGAGAAAGAAAUUUUGAUAAAUUACUAGAAAUGAGUAAUUAAGGUGAUAAUAGAAACGUGGAUUUAUAUGCAAAUGAUAUUUAUGGACAAGUGGUGCCACCUGAAGAUAUUCAUGGUGAUGCGCUAUGUGUGAGUAUGGGUAAAAUGUCUGCGAAACUUAAAGAAGGCGAAGAUGUUAAUAAAAAUGACUUAGUUAAAAGCAUGCUCUUGAUGGCGUCAUUUAAUUUAAGCUAAAUAGCUUUUAUUUAAUCAAAAUUAGAGGGAAUCAACAACAUAAUUUUCGCAGGUAACUUCGUAAGAAAUCAUUAAGAUACUAUGGACUGUAUAAAUACUGCAAUAGAGUUCUUUAACUAAAACGAAGAUGCAAACAACCAAAGAAAAGCUUUCUUUGUAAAGCACGAUGGAUUUAUUGGUGCUCUGGGGUCAUUUUUCUAAGGGUUUACCUUAAAAUAACAAAAAAAGUUAUAGUUAAUAAGUGAAUUAAAUACAUAAUAAGUAAAGUAAGAAUGAACAAAAAAAACAACUUAGUGAACGAAUGAUUAAAAUUUAUAUUAAAUUAGGUCGAUAAAUUUAAUUUCUUUUAUAUAAUACUAAUAAUUGUAAUUUUAACAAAUUAUUAAUUUUAAUUAGAAAACAUAUCUAUCUAUCUAUCAAUCUAUCUAUCUGUGUAACUACCUAACUAAUUAGCAAUUUAUCUUUACU